AAAUAGCUGUCACUACAACAUCAAUCAAAUCUCCUACGUCUUCUAUUGAAUUAUCUUCAUCUUAUUCACAAUCAAUCACCAGUACAUUACAAUCAGUAUCGAGUGGUUAUAUGCCAAGCGGAUCAUCUCUAACUUCAUCAUCAGACAUUCAAUCAUCGCCAUCAUUAUCCUCACCUCCAGUUGAUUUACCCUGUGUGGGGCCAGUUACUGAUAGCGAAGGAGAUAUCACUGAUUUAAAUUUUAUAAUCAUGCCGAAAGGUUUAUUGGACUUUGAUACAACAGCCACUUCAAGUAAUUCUAAUAAUAAUAAUAAUGAUAAAAAGACUUCAACAACAACUACCACCACCACAACUAAUACAAAUAGCAGUUCUAGCAAUAGCAGCUCUGGUGGGAAGGAGGAUAAAGCUAAAGACAAAAGAGGAGAGAGAGAAGGAGAAAGAGAUGACAAUGGAGGAAGAAGAGGAGGGGAUAGCAAUGAGAGAGGUGACAGGUCUGGACAAGAUAAAGAGCAAACUAGUGAUCAAACUGAUGGAGAGAACCAGGAAACUAAAAUAGUAGAAGAAAGUGAACUGCAAGGAAAUGAUGAUCGGGGGAGUAGUGGGGAGGAACUGAGGGAGCUGCCUUCUUCAAAUAUGGAGGACACAGCAACUACUGCUAAUGAUGCAACUAAUGAACAGUUGAAGUUAUUAAAGGGACGAGCUGAUAAUUCUAUAAUUACUAUUGAUGAUACUAAUAAUGAUAAAGAUGAGUCCGAGUUAACCGAAUCGUUAACAAAUGACUCGUGUAUUGUCAUUCAAAAAGAAUCACUUAUUGACUCACUUCAGCCAUCACUAACUAUUGAUAGUCCCAAUCUCCCAUUCUCUCCUGAGAGAGAGGAAAAGACUCAUUCUAUAGAGACAGGCUCAGUCCUCUCUCCUGCUUUGUUAGCUAAUGAUAGCAGGAUUGAUAGUGCUCAUACUUUGGAGGGAAACUGUACUGAUACUUCAGCUGGUACACAGAACUCGUUUCGUUUGCAUGUUUCUCCCAGUCAGAGUGCAAUGGAGCCUGAUGAUGAUACUGCUGUGUUUGUUAUUGGUAGCAGUACUGAGUCUACUAAAGGAGAUGUCCUCUCACACUCUCCAUUGAAAUUAUCAAGUGAUUCCAUUCCCAGUACUACUCCCCCAGUACCAAGUCAUUCCAUUCCUAGUACCACUCCUCCAGUACCAGUGUAUGAAAGUCUCCAGUUAUCAAAUACCGAAGUGUCUUCUACUAACUCCAUGAUACUCUCUACUAGUCCAAUAUCUAAUGUUAUCAUAACUCCUCAAGCUGAUGUGUCACAGACUAAUUCAUCAGGAACAUUUGAUUUUAGACUUCCUGACAGUGACAUGCUGUUACCUACUGAUGGUACUAGUGAAGCACAUGUAGAAGAUAUGGAAACUGACACUGGUGACAAUGACCAAUCUACCAAAGAACAAACCAGGAGUAAUGGAGUGGCAGAAACUAAAGGUCGAUCGCCGGGGAAGUGCCUCUCAUUACGUAGGAGAAGGAGCAUGAGCUCUGGAGAAAACACUCCCAAGAAGCUGAAGCAAGAUCAAUCCACUGCUAAAGCUACCGAUCCUUUACAAAGUGAUACAACUAUUGAUUCUACUACUAAUGGAGUGAGGAAUGGCCAAGGAAAUAAGGAAAUAGAUGGCAGUGGUAAAGGAGAGACAAGAAGAUCAGAUAGGACUGGAAGUACACUUGCAUCUAAAAGUUCAGCAACUAUAAGACCUACAGCAUCACUUCGUACCACAGCCACAGGGUUUAUAUUAGGACUGACAGAAGAGGAAGGGGACAAUUGUGACACUUUUGAUGAUAGCUCUCAUUUCGAGUUGCCUCCUAUUACUGCUUUGAACAGUGAAUCAGAAGUCUCUCCUUCUGACAUUUCUUUUACAAAAACUGAUGGUGUCUCUGCUACUACUAAUACUGGGCCUUCUCUACCACUAGCAGUUCCUUCAUCAUUGUUUGCUGGCCUACAACACACUAGAAGAAAAGACACAAGAAGGACUGACCCGUAUGAGUUCCAAGAAGAAGACAGCAAUACUGACACACCUCUGUUUAUGCCUCUUCGUAGAAGACAGGAGCCACAGACUUCAUUAAACAAUGCAAUGGAAAGUGAAAAUCCACUACCACUCUCAACUAUAGAGGAUGACACUGAGGCUACUGCUGAAUCAGAGAAGGAAGGGGAGGCAGCGACAGUUACUAGCACUCCUGUUAGAAGAGAGAAUAUUGUAGUGUCUGGCUCUACUUCUCAAGCUCAGACUCAGGAGCUAGUUAAUGCAUCAACGCCUCUUACUACUCCAUCUAAUGUCAGUACCAUUGCUUCUUCUGCUAUGUCAAGUCUUCAUUUUGUAUCGCCUAUCACCUGUUUGACGCCUCAAGGUGUUAAAGAUAUUUUUUCAUCGAAUCCUUUUUCUCCAUUGAUUCGCCUAAGACACAGUACCACAGUUAUAACCUCUCACGUAUUUAUUCGUGAUGAGAUUAUAGACAGGAACACCGAGAAAGUCAUUCAAACUCUUGAUCAUGUAGUAGGACCAAGUGAGGAACGGAAGGUAUCUAUUGAAGCUACUCCUCUAUCCUCAGCUCAUGUACUGAACCCCAUUCCUGCUCAGCAGUUAUCAUCAUCAUCAUAUGUGUCAACCCCUGGGAUACCCUGUCCAGCUAGUAUUCAAUCAACCAGUUCCAUUAGUCAUGAUCCAAUGAAUCCGCCUAGCAUGAAUAGCUCAGUUUAUAAUCAACCAUUAAGGCAUUCCAUAUCUCCACUCAGUGCUACUGCUUCUAGUCAUGUCGUUAAUUCCAGUUGUACAGAGAAUCACCUCACUCCAAGUACCAGUGUCAUCAGUUCGGAAGCAAGAAGUCAAUCAACAACACCUACAGGUCGAAGUAGAGCUUAUUCUCCUUUACGUUCUCAAUCGCUAGACCUGGAUUCACUUCCUAGUACUUUGCAAUGUACUACUUCUUCAGUCGUUAAAAACAAGAGCCAUCAAUCUGGUUUUAAACUAGUUGAGAAUCAGAAGGUAAUUGCUAGGUGGAAGGAUGGCAAGUGGUAUGCUGCCACUAUAGUAGAAGUAUCUCCUAUCAAGGCAUACCUUCACUUCUAUGAUGGAGACUAUUCCUCAGUUUCUGUACAGCAUAUAUUACCACUGGCUUGUAUACCACAAGGUGUUAAAGUAUCAAGUGCUGAUACUGAUAUUUCUGGUUCGUUGCUUGAUUUCUCUAUACCUGACUCAACCUUCAGGAUGAAACUCAGUAACGAUACUAUUAUGAAGUGCUCUUUGGAAGAUUUAGUGAUGACAGCUGACACAGCUGAAAUGACUCUGCAGCUACUUAACACGCAAUCAAAACAGGUUAAGAAAAGGAAGAAAUCUGUGAGCAAAAGACCACAAAAAGAAAGCCUGUCUCAUAAAGAAUCAGUCUUGUUUAGUGGAAUGAUAUUUUUAGUGACAGAUCAAAGAAGUAGUCAGCCCACCGGAAGAGAAGAAAUUGAACAAAUAUUGAGAGACAGAGGUGGUUACAUAAUGGACGAAUACAAACCUAACUUGGUCAUAGAUAAUCGUACAUUCUGUUUAUCCAACACUUAUUGUCGUACUCUGAAAUAUCUGACGGCCAUAGCAGUCAGUUUACCUUGUGUUUCAUACAACUGGAUAAUGGAGUGUGUUAAACAGGGGAAAAUUGUCAGUUGGGAAAAGGAUUUCAGCCUAUUAGCUGGUGUUUCUCCUUCAACAAAACAACAGAUUAAAUGGAAAAGUCAUGCAACAGGUUUCUUGAAAGUUAAUGUCUUCCUAUCUGGAAGUAGGACAUUCAAAGAAAUUUGGCAGAAAGUUAUAUCAUGUGGAGGUGGCCACGUGAUAAGUAAGCUCCCAAGGAAAUCAAGUAAAGAGUCUCAAUUUACGAUUGUAUCAGAGAGUUCAAGUAUCCCAGUCUCUCUCAAAGACUUCCUUGUUGUUAGCCCGGAGUGGCUUGUGGAGUGUCUUCUUGCUGGUAAGGUAGUAUCGCCUGAACCAUUUAAACGUUCAUAAUCAUUCACAAGUACAUGAUGUUUAUUCUCAAUUUAACCAUUAUUCUUUAUAAUUGUUGGAUCAAACAAGUUCAGAUUUCACAAUGUA